UAUUCAUACAUUGGAAUUUUCUUGUUUAAUUGAAAAGGAAAAAUGGGUGGAGUAUUGGGAAAGAGUGAAUCACCAAGGCAUAGUUUGCCAGAAACAAAGCUGGAGGCUAAGAUGGUUGCAGCUGUGAGAAAAAGGGCAUCACAAGGAUGUGCAAUGAAAUCAUUCAAUAGCAUCAUCUUGAAAUUUCCCAAGAUUGAUGAAAGUUUUACAAAUUGCAAGACUAUUUUCAAGCAAUUUGAUGAGGAUGCAAAUGGGGCAAUUGAUCAUGAAGAAUUAAAGCGAUGUUUCAAUAAACUGGAAGUAUCUUGUACAGAGGAAGAGUUCAAUGAUCUGUUUGAGGCCUGUGACAUCAAUGAGAAUAUGGGCAUCAAAUUUAAUGAGUUCAUAGUUCUUCUCUGCCUCGUUUAUCUUCUUAAAGUGCCUGAACCUUCUCAUGCAAAAUCACGAAUCGGGUUACCGCACAUUGAGUCAACUUUUGAGACUUUGGUUGAUGCUUUUGUUUUUCUGGACAAGAACAAGGAUGGAUAUGUCAGCAAAACUGAGAUGAUUCAAGCCAUAAACGAGACGAGUAGCGGUGAACGCUCUUCCGGACGCAUAGCCAUGAAAAGAUUUGAAGAGAUGGACUGGGAUAGAAAUGGAACUGUGACUUUCAAAGAGUUUCUGUUUGCAUUCACAAGUUGGGUUGGAAUAGAUGACAAUGAAGAAGAAGAAGAAGAAGAAGAAGAAGAAGCUGGUGAUAAGUGAAUCAAAUGUAAUUUUUAAUCUUUCAUUUCAUCAUCCUUUUCCAAAUUGGUAUAAAGAACUCAAAU